GCCAGUGAACAUUAAGCGGAGCAGACCAAAAUCCCAAACAAGGAAAUGGUGGGGGAAUAAACCGACCAGAUUAUUUAAUUAAUGCAUGUAAUAAUUAAUAUUUUAUUUUAUUGUAAAUUACGCCGUAUUUAUGGGUUAGAAUGGAUUACGACUUCAAAACAAAGCUGGCUGCCGAGAGAGAGAGAGUAGAAGAUCUUUUCGAAUAUGAAGGUUGCAAAGUGGGUCGAGGCACCUACGGGCACGUUUAUAAAGCUAAACGCAAAGACGGGAUAGAUGAGAAGGAAUAUGCACUGAAACAGAUAGAAGGCACUGGAAUUUCAAUGUCCGCGUGCAGAGAAAUUGCUCUGUUGCGGGAAUUGAAACAUCCAAACGUGAUUGCCCUGCAGAAAGUGUUCCUGUCCCACAGUGACCGAAAGGUUUCGCUCCUGUUAGACUAUGCCGAACAUGACCUUUGGCAUAUUAUCAAGUUCCACCGUGCCUCCAAGGCCAACAAAAAGCCCAUGCAGCUGCCACGAGGGAUGGUGAAGUCUCUCCUGUAUCAGAUUCUGGAUGGGAUCCAUUACCUCCACGCCAACUGGGUCCUCCACAGGGAUCUGAAACCAGCUAACAUAUUGGUAAUGGGAGAAGGACCAGAACGAGGAAGAGUUAAAAUUGCUGACAUGGGUUUCGCGAGACUCUUCAACUCUCCUCUCAAGCCUCUGGCCGACCUCGACCCUGUGGUGGUGACCUUUUGGUACAGGGCUCCUGAGCUACUGUUGGGGGCCCGCCACUACACCAAAGCUAUUGAUAUCUGGGCUAUUGGCUGCAUCUUCGCAGAGCUGCUAACGUCAGAGCCAAUUUUUCAUUGUCGCCAGGAAGACAUCAAGACCAGUAACCCUUUUCAUCAUGACCAGCUGGACAGGAUAUUCAGCGUGAUGGGUUACCCCGCAGAUAAAGACUGGGAAGACAUCCGAAAGAUGCCUGAAUAUCCAACACUUCAGAAAGACUUCAGAAGAACAACAUAUGCAAACAGCAGCUUGAUCAAAUACAUGGAGAAACAUAAAGUCAAACCAGAUAGCAAAGUUUUCCUGUUGCUCCAGAAACUGCUCACCAUGGACCCCACUAAAAGAAUCACAUCAGAGCAAGCACUGCAGGAUCCCUACUUCCUAGAGGACCCAUUACCAACCACUGAUGUAUUUGCUGGAUGUCAGAUCCCAUACCCAAAGAGAGAGUUUCUCAAUGAAGACGAACCAGAGGAGAAAGCAGAAAAGAACCAGACGCAACAGCACCAGCAGACAACAGGCCAAACUCAAACGCAGAACCAGCAACAAACGGCAGCCCAGCAGGCCCCAUCUCAGCAGAACUCGACACAAACCAAUGGCACAUCCGGAGCCACGGGAGCCAAUGCUGGCGGAGGGUUACAUGGACAGGACCAGGGUCCUCCUAAUAAAAAAACCCGCAUUGGACCCUCUGGUACCUCUUCAGGCACCGGGGUGCUCCAGUCAGAGUACCAGCACUCCACAUCCCGCCAUGGUUACCAAAGCAAUGUCCAAGGUUCUAAUCAGCCGCAGAGCACCAUGGGGUACACGUCGUCAUCUCAACAGAGCUCCCAGUAUUCCCACCAGACUCAUCGUUACUGAGGCACCAGGUCAGUCCUGAACCAGCAGAGAGGGUUGGACCUCCUCCAAUGGAUGUCAACAUUGGACGCCACCCGGUAGUUGCUCCUUGGAUGUUUCUUACAGCAUUACAUCAUUCCAGCGUUUUGACGUCUAGUCACAUGAAGGCAAACCUACAGGAAAAAAAAAGAAGCAAAUACUGCCUUUCUGGGCUGGUGACUCAUUUUGGUAUGUGAAGGCAGCAAGACUCCAAACGUAUGGCACUUAACAUUCUUCACGAGGAAGGAUUGCAGCUCCAAUAUUGACUUUCUAUCGCACCUUUUCUAUUUGUUUUGUUUUCAAGCUUGAUGUCAGUGUAAAUAUCACAUAGGGAGGCAGAGAAGACGCAGGACGGAAAAAGCCCUUUCGUGAAUCCUUGGAUAAUCAAAUGCAAACUCGCUUACCCCUAUCCUUUUAUGUCAAACCAGACAUUUAUUGUACAAACAGAAAGAAAUGCAGGGAAAUAUGGAACGCACAAUUUAACUUAAUAAUAGUGUUCUUAUGAGGUUCCUGUUUUCACAGCUCGAAUGUACAGAAGUGUUUUUACUGAACGUCGUGUGCAUUCUUAUCCACUCCGCUCAGUAACCGGUAAGUUACCGGCGGUAACCGCUUGGCCACAAACUGGAGGAGCUUUGGAGUGUGAUCUUGUUUUUGGGCCGCCAGUGGACACCUUUUGCAUCUCGCCAUGAACUCGAACGUGCGCAUAAACCGUACAGGGCAGCUAACGGUAAGCCCCUCCCCCUCCACUGCAACCCCACUUUGUGUAUUUCAUGAGACUGUUACUGACUGAUGUCAAAUUGUUUUGUAUUGUUAUUAUUAUUGCUGUGUGUGGGCGGGUGGGUGUUUUAUGCAUGUUUUACCUUUGACUCACAAGAAAUGCACUGACUGUCGAAGCAAUCUGCAAAAGAGCUGAAACAAAUACUUGUGAACCCAAACGACCGUCCCUGCCCCCUCCGGCCAGCAUGCCGCACAGGUUUGGUCAGUUGAUCAUGUUUAAAAAAAAAAAAAAAAAGGGUGUUUUCUUUUUCACAACAGAUUGAGUGACAGCCAAUUAUGCUGUCUUGAUUUUUACAGAGUCAAACAAAGGCAUGUCCGCCAUAUUGCACUUGGAACCAGAAAAUAGUAGCUAACUACAAAUAACUUUUCAAUUGUUAAAAUAUAUAUAUUUUUUAUAUAAAACCCAAGAUUAGAAUGUAAAAUAAUAUUGUAAUCCUUUGUUUGGUGAUUUAUUUUUUUCUUCAUCCAGGUAAGGCAAUUGUGAGCAGGUUCCAUCUGCAAAGCCAACCUCGAGACAAACAGAGUAAAACAAAGAUGAUUGGCUGGUUGAAAUCACACAACUGCCAUUUCAGGUUUCCUGUUCAGUAUUUAAAAAUAACUGAAAUACCUGCAUUAUUAUAUUAUUUAGGACUGCUCCUGCUUGAUUAGUUGAUUGUGCCAUAUUUACACAAGAUUAACUUCUUUACUUCCUAAGUGCAUUUUUUCGAAUACUUUAAAAGCUUAAUUUUACAUUUGAAUCUAGUACUCCUGUAUUUUAUUUAUUCCUUUUUCUUUUUUUAAAUAUACGCUUAAACUCAAUUUUAAAUUGUAAAUCAGUACUCCUAGUGAAUGUUGUGUUAAAGAGGGCACCCAAUUUAGUGACGUAAUGGUAUUUGGAGGAGAACAUGCAGGAGAUGAGCCUCAAGUAAUAAAAAUGAGCAAACAUCGACACCAAGUGGCCAAAAAGAGAAUUGGACUUGUUUCUCUUCACUGCCACAUUUUAAGGUGCAGAAUGUGUCAAAACAAAACAAUGUUUGCUCACUCAGUAGAAAAUGUACAAGUAAUGGUUACAUCCCAAAAUCUGUGUAAAAGGUUUUGUAUCUAUCGGCUCUUCAUCUGCAAGGAGCUGGCUUCUCCUAAGUGUGAUCGGUCAAACCACACUUCUACUCAAACGGUCACAUUUGAAAAACAUUGGAUCUUCCCAAUUGCACUUUUAUAGACAAAAACAAACACAGCUUGGUCAUUUAAUACUCGAGGGGGAUCGAAACCAAACUGCCUUUAAAGGCUUUCCUCCUCCUUGGUUCAAUGUGAGUAUUGAAAUUACACGCUUAGUUGUCGAUUCCGCCUCUGAGAACGUUGUACAGUAUGUCAGACAACUCCUAUGCAAAUUUAAUUGCCAGACUCAAGCAUUUCAUUAUGCUGAGGUUUUGUUUUUAUGGGUGACGUGUGUUCUUUCAUCACUACGUGUAUAAGAGUCCGAACACUUGUCUAAAACUGUUUGUUUUUUUUGUUCUGCAAUGCACUCUAAAUGAAAUAUUGUAACUUUAUAAGUGUAUGUAUAUAUGUGUGUACAUAUAUAUGCACACACACACACACCGCUCCAUAGUUUGUAAACAAUGUGAUGUCAUUUAUGGGGCACGGCUUAGCUGGAGGCAAAAACAUCCAUCGCGUAGGAAUGGACGUGAGAAACUCAUUUGAGUGAAUAUGAGAGUAAACUCACUCUCCACGGCCGUAAAUAUUACUUUAAAAGGUUGACUGAUAUUUACUGACAGCUAGGGCCUAACUUACUGGAUGGACGAUUUAACGGGACAACUUUAUAUAACAAAAAAAAAAGCAUUUAUACCAAAGAUUAACUAAAUCAUUAGAAGCUGAUAACUAAAUCUUGAAUGGAUAUGUUCAAGAACUUGUCGUGCUGCCAAGUCAAUGUCAGGGACAGGCGAUUAUCAAUUUCAACAUUUUAUGAUAGUACAUUCCAUGUUAAAUGUUACCUAAUAUGAAGUGUGCACUUACAAACACCAGCGAUGAUACUCUCAGUCCAAUCUUUUCACCGAAUCGCAUUCAACCACAGCCUUCUGCAAUUUUCUUUUUUUGACUGGCAUAGGCUGUUUUUUUGCGGUUUCGGCAACCAAAAACACAACAAGAUGACGUUCUCAAUUUCUUUUGCCUUCAGCUAAUACCGUGACAUCAUCGUGAUGUAGGCCAUGAAGGGGUCUGUACAUAUAUAUAUAUUAUAUAUACCGUAUUCUCCGCACUAUAAGGCGCACCAGAUUAUAAGGCGCACCUUCAAUGAAUGGCCCAUUCUAAAACUUUGUCCAUAUAUAAGGCAUACCGCAUUAUAAGGCACAUAGAAUAAAUAAAUCAACGUUGCUCAAACGUUAAUGCAAUCACAGUAACACUCGAAAUAGUAAAAACAAUAACAAUAUAUCAAUAACUCAACGUUGCACAAACGUUAAUAUCACACAACACACAAAAUAAACACGUAAAGCUUACUUUAAUAAAUUAGUCCUCAUCCACAAAUCCAUAUUGGUCCAUAUAUAAGGCGCACCGGAUUAUAAGGCGCAGUCGGCUUUUGAGAAAAUUGGAGGUUUUUAGGUGCGCCUUAUAGUGCGGAAAAUACGAUAUAUACAUAUAUAUAUAUAUAUAGUAUACGAUCGUGUUUAUUGUGUCCAUCAAUGAAUAGUAGACAUUUUUUUGUAAACUUUCCUCUGCCUUAAUACAGUAGCUAUAGAAAGGGACCUGUCAACUACCACGUUUGUUACUAUAUUAGUUAGUGAAUGUGUUAACACCACCCCAGUAUACAGUAGAAUCAAGAUCUAGUACAUUGAAUUCCACAGUGUUUUAUUAUAUUAUUAUUUUUACAGAGGGGUGAUGGGGGAUGGUGCCUUUUGUUAGUUAACCCAUCAAUGUUAUUUUUUUUGGGGGGGGGGGGGGAUAUCCUUUUGUAUUUUCUUGCUUCUUCUCAUUUGUUUCCUAAUUUCCCUCCUUAUCAUGUAGCAGUUUGCUUUUUUUUUGUUAAAGUGGAUUGAUGCCCUGAUAUUUCUCACGUAAUUCCAGUGUUUUUAAAAUAUCUUGCUUUCGACACUAAAUAAUGUACUGUAGAUACGGACACGUACACACAAGUACACGCUUGUAUAAAAAAAAAAAUCCCUUUUACUCCAUUUUGAUAAUAUUUGCAUGUGCCUGUCCUUUUUUCAAUGGAAAUUGUUGUCGUCCACAGUUUGUACAGACAAACCACUGCGAUGUGUUCGAAGCCAGUUGGAUAUUUAAAGGCAUUGCUUGGCCAGUAUCCCAUUUUCCCAUCUCGCAUGCUAAAAUGUAAACACUCUGUGAAUUGAGUCAGCAGAAUUGUUUUGUGAGCAGGGUGGAGUGUCUGUCCACCCUUUUACAUUCUCUCACACAGGUUUUAAAUAUUCAUAUGGUCUACUAUGUAUUGUAUUUCCAUAGCAAUUAUAUACAAAGCAGCAAUAGAAUACAUAAUAGAACAUUUAUUGAGCUGCUUUUUGUGAAUUUGUCCAAAUUCCACUGUACAAAAUGACUGUUAAAUGAGAAAGAAAGUCAUGUAUAUUUAUUUUAUAUCCUCUAUCGUGAUUAAAAAACAACAACAUCGCAAUGAGUGUGAUUGUUAA